AUGUUAUGUGAUCACGAUAAACUUGAAGGUGUGAUAAAUGUCAUGUUUGAAGAACGAAUGUACCGUGUUUAUUUGUCCACGGGCGAAAUCGUUUGUUACAAAUGUCAUAGAAAAGGUCAUACUCAGCGCAACUGCAGUGAAAAUAUAAUAACCGUGUCUGCACACACUGCUACCAUCAACAAUGCACCAAGCUGUGUAUCACCCGAUCAAAAUAAUCAAACUGAAAACUCGCAAUCUGUUGAUCAAAACAAUGCACCAAGCAGUGUAUCACCCGAUGAAAAUAAUCAAACUGAAAAUUCACAAUCUGACGAUCAAAAUAAUCAAACUGAAAAUUCGCAAUCUGCCGAUCAAAAUAAUCAAACUGAAAAUUCGCAAACUGAAACUCAAAAUGAUAAUAAUAGUACGGAUUUCAACUUAAACCAAACCGAUGAUACUACCACACAUGAAAUGCAAACUGAUAAUGCUAUUGAUAACGAAAACAAUUUAAACGAUACUGUUGAAAAAGAAUUAAAUAAUACUGAUGGUGGCACGCUUACUGGUAAUUGUUAUUUAAAUGAAUGUACUGUAACUGAGGUUCAAACUGAUGGCACGCGUGCUGGUAAUUGUAAUGUUAAUGAGUCAAAUAAGGUUAAUGAAAGCGAUGAUGAUUUUUCACGCACGUCAGAUAUUGUAAUAGAUGAGGAGAGGGUACGAACCCCUCACUCUCAGCCACCUCCUUCAGGAGACUUUACAUUCUCUCUUUCCCCUCCUCAGGAUUUCGUCAGGUUUUCUGUAUCUGACAAUUUGCCGGGUUCGGGAGAUGGUGACGUAUUUGAUAAAGGGCGAAUCGAGUCACCUGGUGAUAGAGACGAUAAUGAGUCAAUCAUGUCAGAUAUGUCUGACUUGUCUGCAGUCAGCUGUAUCAUGGAGCUAAAAAAUCUUUUUUUUAGCUCCAUGGCUGUAUGGAAGAAACGACUUCUGAAACAAAAGAGAAAAAAAUAUCAAGUGUAG